AGCCAAUGAGAGGCGGCUGCGGCCCCGGUUCCGGCGGCCGGGAGCGGAAGCGGCGGUGGCGAUGCCGCUGCACCGGUUCCCGCCGCGGCUCUGGGCCGCCAUGCGCCUGCGGGAGGGCAUCUGUGCGCGGCUGCCGCAGCACUACCUGGACGCGCUGCAGGACGACACGCCGCCCACCCCCGUGCACUGGCGGCCGCUGGGGGUGCGCUACCGGCGGAACCCGCGCACCGGCGAGCGGGAGCGGGUGCAGGACGUGCCGGUGCCGGUGUAUCUGCCGCCCGCUGCACACGAGGGGCUGUGGGGCGGCGAGGGCUGGAUCCGCGGCUUCCGAUACGCGCGCAACGACAAGCUCUCCACCCGGCUGCCCAAAACGUGGAAGCCGCAGCUGUUCGAGCGACAGUUCUACAGCGAGAUCCUGGACGCCACGCUCACCAUCACCGUCACCAUGCGCACCCUGGACCUCAUCGACCAAGCCUACGGCUUCGACUUCUACAUCCUCAAGACUCCAAAAGCCGAUAUGUGCUCGAAGCUUGGGAUGGAUUUGAAGCGAACGAUGCUGCUGCGACUUGCACGGCGGGAUCCUAAACUGCAUCCUGAUGACCCCGCCAGAAGAGAGGCAAUCUAUAACAAGUAUCAGGAGUUUGCGAUCCCAGAAGAGGAAGCUGAAUGGGUUGGCUUGAGUUUAGAAGAAGCAAUAGAAAAACAGAGGCUACUAGAAAAAAAGGACCCUGUCCCACUCUUUAAAGUGUAUGCUGAAGAGCUCGUCAACCAACUGAAAGAACAGGAGCUGCAGAAGCAGCAGAAGUAGAAACCUUUGGAGUAAAACCCCUGCUGCAGAUCAGGCUGUAGGGUUCAGCAAGUUCUGCCUGAACCACGCUGUGUGGAAGGGGCCACAUGAAGAGCGUUCCCAGGAGCAUGUUGCAGUUACUGGGAUCUAAUGACAGUCUAAGUUCAGUGAGCAACUGCUCCCGUGGGCCAAGGAAAGAAUUUCUGUCCUGUGGCCUCUGGAAGCAUUCUCGUAAGACUGACUUCAUGUGGUUCUUCUGCCUGUGCAAGGAGUUGGCUGCUGUCGAGGGCUUGAUCAUGAUACAAAAUGAAAUAUGCAUUUUGGGAAUAUCAGUAAACUUUUCUCUGAUACUCA